AUGGAACAUAGUCGUUAUCGAGCUGCAUCAAAAUCUCGUCCCAAUGAUGACAGCAAAAGUUGGGCUGUUUUGAUGCCAUACAAUAGUGAUGGAAGUUAUAAAUUUGAUGUUACUCAUCCGCGACAAGCUCCUCGACUUUGUGAUGUAGUUUUGAAGAAAAAGCGAAAAGUUCAUAAUUGUGCAGAUAAGUGGUUGACAUAUAAUAGAAAAGAUGGAACUCGUGCUUGCCAUUUCUUUGUCGAAACUAAAAUGAAAAGAGAUGAAGCGAGAGAUUAUUGUUUCAAAUCACUUGGAGGUUCUUAUUUGGCUGGAUGGAGAGAACCGGAAGAAUUGCAAAUGCUUCGAGACAAAAAUAUUAAUGGAUGGGUUGGUUUGAAAAGACAUCAAGAUUGUCCAAGAGCUGUUGAUGGAGAAGAAAAUGAGCAACAUCAAUGCCAUUAUAACAAUGUGAGCUUUUCAUGUCAUAUUUCAAAAGAUUAUUCAAUUUUUAUAGAUCUUCAACGAUCCUGAUGAUGUUUCUGAUAAUAGCUUGGAAGGCAGAAAAAUUCAUAAAGCUGGAUUAUGUGGUGGUCAACCAGAAAACAGUGCAAACUACGAAUAUUGCAUGACAUUCCAGGGUAACUGCAUGCAUGACUAUAAGUUAGUUUUUUCCAUUCUAGUAAACUAUAUCUAUUUGAAUAACUUUUUGCAGCUGUGACAACAAAUUCCCCUUUACUUGCACAAAAAUGGCGAAGAUCGAACUAGAAUGA